AUGGGUUCUAUCGGCCAGACAAAUGGCAUUCCCAAUGAUAUUGUGGAUUUGACGGUUCUCGGAUUAAACAGUGGCACGUCGAUGGACGGAAUCGACUGUGCCCUUUGUCACUUCUACCAAGAAACUCCUGAAUCCCCCGUGUGCUUUGAGCUUCUCAAGUACGGCGAGAUCGACCUCGAGCCCACCAUCAAAAAACGCGUGAUGAACAUCAUCCUGCACAACCAAUCUUCUCCUUCAGAACUAUCAGAAGUCAACGUCACCCUGGGAGAAACCUUCGCCUCGGCCGUCAAGGAAUUUUGCCACAACCACAGUGUCGACAUUUCCACUAUCGACGUCCUCGGCUCUCACGGCCAAACCAUCUGGCUCCUCUCCAUGCCAGAAGAGGGCGAGGUCAAAAGUGCCCUCACCAUGGCCGAGGGGUCCAUCCUGGCGUCUCGCACAGGCAUCACAUCCGUCACGGACUUCCGAGUCAGCGACCAAGCGGCUGGUCGGCAGGGCGCGCCAUUGAUCGCUUUCUUUGAUGCUUUGCUCCUGCACCAUCCGACGAAACUGCGUGCGUGCCAGAACAUCGGUGGUAUCGCUAAUGUCUGUUUCAUCCCGCCCGAUAACAAGGGUGGAGUAGAUGAAUGCUACGAUUUCGACACUGGUCCGGGGAAUGUCUUCAUUGACGCCGUGGUGCGCUAUUACACAAAUGGUGAACGCGAGUACGAUAGGGACGGCGAGAUGGGCGCCCGUGGCACAGUUGAUCAAGCACUGGUGGACGAGUUCCUUCAACACAAGUACUUCAAAUUGAAUCCGCCCAAGACAACCGGCCGAGAGGUCUUCCGGGAUACCCUUGCAUUUGAUCUGAUCAAGAAGGCGGAGGCCAAGGGUCUUUCACCCGAUGACGUGGUCGCAACCGUGACCAGAGUCACGGCCCAGGCGAUCGUCGACCAUUACCGGCGAUAUGCGCCCCAAGGGAUGGAAAUCGCCGAGAUUUUCAUGUGUGGGGGCGGUGCCUAUAACCCUAAUAUUACGAACUAUAUCCAAAAGAAUUAUCCCAAUACGAAGAUUCUCAUGUUGGACGAUGCUGGUGUUCCUGGGGGAGCGAAGGAGGCGAUCACCUUUGCCUGGCAAGCAAUGGAAGCGGUCGUUGGACGGUCAAUUCCGGUUCCAACUCAGGUUGAGACACGCCAGGAGUAUGUGCUGGGAAAGGUGUCACCGGGGAAGAAUUAUCGGAAGGUGAUGCGUCAGGGGAUGCUCUUUGGGGCAGGCCGCGAUCAUCUCUCGCCUGUGAAGGAUAUGAUUAACUACAUUGAUGGGAAAGUCUUGUCCAAUAAGUGGUAA